CGAGCAACGAUGACAACUACUAACGACAAAAUAUCAGUCGCAGCAGCGUCUGACGCUGCCCGCCUUGCAAACACCGAGCGUACUGAACAAUCGGUAACAGAAGCCCUAGCGCACGCCGCCGCAGCUCAAGAUGCCGCACGCAUCGCAGCAACAGAUCCGACCGGUACACAAACGCUCCAUACUACAGCGUCCGUCAACCUCUCGGAGAUCACACAGCCCGAAGCCAACAUCAUCACGUCCGAAGAACACAAGGCUUUAGGUUACCGACCUCCCUCUGACUCACUUGCGGCAGAGGCUCAAUCCGCUGCUACAUUUCACGCUCAAGUCGAUCCGGAACACGCAAGGAAGAGGGGAACACAGCCUACUAGUGCACUGAAAGAAGCUGCACGUGUUGACGCUGCUUUACUCGCGACGGAGAAGGGAGAGACAGUUGGCGCUGUACCGACUGUUGAUCUCGAUACUAUCACAACGGAAGAAGCUGCGCGUUUACAAAGUGCAGAACAAAAAAUUCUAGGCCAUAAACCACCACCCGGCUCACUCGCCGCACAAGCUCAGUCCGCCGCCGAUCGUAACGCCGAAGGCCAAAAUCGUCUCAACGGACAAGGGCCAGGUGGGAUCAACCUCAACACCUUGUCUCAAGAAGAUGCUAGUCGUCUGAUGUCCGAGGAGCACAAGAGACUUGGACACCGGCCUCCGGCUGAAUCACUAGCUGCACAGGCGCAAGCCGCAGUUAACGCCCGGUCUGACUGA